AUGUGCGGAAGCGAAGCAUAUCGGUAUUUAUUGUGGGCAUCCUAUGAUGGUGCUCGUUUUUUGUCGAUUGCUAAUGGAAGCAUAAAUUAUAGUGUGCUUAGUUUUCUGAAAGCACUUGUUCGAAAAACUUUUCCAGAUGUUGCAAAGCAGUUGAAAAUUUCGCCAUCGAGCAGAACUGAUGCUGGAGUGCACGCAAUACGAAACGCUUUUAUCAUGCAAAUUCCCAUCGAAAAUGCGGAUGAAGGCAAAAAUAACCUACUCGAUGACUGGAAUCAUAAAGCUAAUGAAUGCAUUGGUGGAUCAUUGCGUAUUCUGGAUUUUCAUACCGUCUCAAAAGGUUUCUGUUCUAGAAGGAAUGUUUCAUACAGAAAAUAUAAAUAUCGAUUAGCCAUAGCAGAAAACGAGGAAGAAUGGUUGAAAAAUACAGAACAACCAUUGUUGUGGCAAUUUGCCGAAAGGCCAUACAUGUGGUUCUUGCCGAAUGGUUUUGAUAUUCGGAAAGCUGCAGAUGCGUGCUCCUUGUUCCAAAUCAUUGUUUUUUCUCGAAAUCAAGAUGACUGGGCUUUGCAGGGAGAAGUCGUUUUGGGAAUGCUAAUGGUUUCAGUUUGA